AUGGCUUAUAAGAUGAGGACUCGAAAGCAGACUAUGAUUUACUUGAAUCAUUCAGGCAGUUCAGAAGAUGAGGUUUAUGACUCAACGUACUCUGACCCUGACUAUACAAGGACCAGGCCACAAAGAAGAUCACGAAACAACAACGUAAGCUCAUCAUCAUCAUCCACUCCACUACAAAUUGCUGAUCGUAAUGUUCAGAUGGAGGAAACAGCACCUGAAACUGGAAGCUCUAGCAGAUCAAAUAAUGGUGGUGCUGUUAAGAGAAGACGUAGACGCCCUCCAAAGAACAAUAGUAUUAAUAAUGGUGAACAAGGACGACGAUCCAGGCGGCCUAGUAACCGACUCCAAGCAAGGCCACCUAGGAGAAGAAGAAGCUCAAACUUGCAUCAAAGGCCGAGUACUUCCAACACUAGCAGAGACGUACUUCCGAGGCAAAGGACAAUCUUGUCAUGGUUGAUUGACAAGGAGAUAAUUCAAGAAAAUGAGCAAGUGUGGUACAUGGAUAAAAGCCGCCAUGCUGCGCUUCAAGAGGGAAAGAUUACUCGGGCUGGUGUGCUGUGUCGUUGCUGUUACAAGGUGAUUACAGUGCAUGAGUUUGAGGAUCAUGCCGAAAGAAGUACUCUUAAGAGGCCAUAUGACAACAUUUAUCUUGUCAGAUUGCAGAGUUAUCUCUUGUCAUACUUGGUUAAGGCAUUGCAGGGAGAGGAUGAAGUCUCACGGCGCGCAUUCAAUCUCAUUCAGCCGCAAACAAUUGCUUCUGAUCAAAAUGAUGAUGCCUGCAUGAUAUGCGCGGAUGGAGGAGACUUGAUUUGCUGCGAGAGGUGCCCUUCAACCUUUCAUCCAAACUGCUUGGAUUUGGAGAAUAUACCUCAAGGGGAUUGGCUGUGUCCUCACUGUGUUUGCAAAUUUUGUGGUGCUGGCAGCAGUAGUUCACUCACGUUGACUGCCUGCGUACUAUGCGAAAUGCAAUAUCAUGGGGAAUGUGUUCUCGAAAUAAAAGGGAUAGAUCUUAAUCGUCCAAGUGUAUUUUGUAGUAGCAUCUGUGGAGAGGAGAUGGUGGGAGUAAGAAAGGAGCUAGAUAAUGGAUAUUCUUGGACUCUCCUACGGCGGAUGCAAGCAUUGACAUAUGCAAGUGGCAAUGAAUUAAACAAGAUGGUCGAAUGCAACUGCAAAAUUGCAGUAGCAUGGACCGUCAUGGAUGAAAUUUUCAUGCCGACAAUUGAUCGGUUUACUACAAUUAAUGUUGUCCAAAGUGUCAUCUACAAUCGUGGGUCUAACUUAAUGCGGUUGAAUUUUAAGCGUUUUUUCACUGCUAUCUUGGAACACAAUGAUGAAAUCAUCUCCAUCGCAACCUUAAGGUCUAACUUAAUACGGUUGAAUUUUAGGCGUUUUUUCACUGCUGUCUUAGAACACAACGAUGAAACCAUCUCCAUCGCAUCGUUAAGUGUUCAGCUUUUGCAAGUGCAGUAUGAAUAUCCAUUUAACUUAGCGAGUGUUGGGUUGAUGAUGAUUUAUAGGGUGAAUGGAAACAAGCUAGCUAGCUGA